GGCCACUUCUCUCACACCCUUCGCGGCUGCGUCCAGACACAAUGGACUGCCUCGACCAGCCUCUCCAUCUCGAGAUUCUGAGCUCGCUCGCGUCCAACCUCGCCAAGAGCGGCGGGGUUGAAGGCGGAGCUGAUAUCAGCGUCCUCACUGCCGGCCUGCCCAUCGACGGCCAGCAUGCCCACCACAACGGCACCUCGUCCGACGACGAGGACGACGACGAGGACUCAUGGGACGAGUAUGAGCUCAACCACGCCAUCUCGUACGCCCACUACGUGACCUCGCUCGACGCCUCGUCGCCCUAUCUUGACGUCGCGCUCCCGCGCAUCCGCGAGCUCCUGUCCGGCGUGAUCGCCAACGCCGUCCCGCGCCGCGAUGACCCGAGCUCGUCGGCCCAGAACAACGACAUUGCCUCCUCGUCAACGCAGCACGCCGUCCUCCUCGAGGCUCUCCUCAAGGCCACCCUCUGGGUCGGCUGGAGCCGCGCCGAGCUUGCUGGCGAGGCCGGCGAGGUGAUCGCCAACCUCCUCGAGAACGUCCAGCGCUUCAUGGGCCGCGCGCUCACGUUCUCCGGUGUGGUCCUCGCCACCAUCCACGCCGUGCUCUCCCACGUGCCUCUCCCUGCGCUGCCUGCGUCGGUCGUUUCGCGUAUCCUCACGGCCGUGACGACCAUUGGGACCCCGGACAACCUCGCCAAGGCUGUCCGCGAGGCGUCAGGCUCCUCCCCCACUCCCCCGAUGCGGGCGCCUGCCUUCAACACGGCGCCGCACCCCACCACGCCCGCGGGCGUCGCCCUGCUCGUGUCCGAGAUCUGCAACAUUGUGCUUGCGCGCGUGCUGACUCCGACUCCCGAGAUCCACCAGUCAGUCUUUGCCAACGAACACCAGCCCGCCUCGAUCGACUCGCAGUCGUCGUCGGUGUGGAAGAACCAGACCAAGGCGCUCCUCGCUGAGCCGGUCGAGCUGAGCUUCCUUGAAGCCGAUCCGGAGGGCCACUCAGCCCUCGAAGAGGCUGGUAAACUGGCGCUUCGCUGGUGGGCCGAUCUCAACGAUAACGAGGGUGACACCUCGCCUACCUCGGGUAUCCGGAACCGCCACAGCCGGCUUACGGUCAACGACGGCCAGGCCGAGGACGAGGUCUACCUCACUGUGGCUGUGCUGCACAUGCUCAACCUUGUCAGCCUGCACAAUGCGACUGCCAACGAGGGCCAGCUCGCGAGGCUCAAGCAUCUUCUGUCCGAGAACUCGACCGUCUCGGACGCCAGAGUGCUCCAGGCAUCGUUCAUCUGUCUGGCGAUCGUUGUUCGCAACUACCCGGCACUCGGCGCUUCCUUGACCCACCACCUUCGCCGUCUGCUCAUGAGCCCGCUGCCGGCGCUCGAGAGCGAGGUCACGUCGUCUGGCAUGGAGCUCUCGCCGACAAUCACGGCUGCGUCGACCUGUCUGGCCAUGUGUAUUGAAAUGUCGGCCAACGACGACUUGGUCUCGUCGACGCUGUACUCUCUUCUCGGUGUGCUCAGCCAUGGUACGACAGUUGGCCCUGGCGCAAUGUCGGUCCGCUCGCUGCCGCUUAACCAGGCCACGCUUGGCAUCCCUGUCACGUCUGCCAAGCGUUCCGAGCAGCAGCGCCAGUUGAUCAGCACGACGGCUGUCGAGAUCGUCUCGCGCCUCGCUCUUGACACUGGCAGAGACGACAUUAUCCACCUUAGCAUCUCGAUGCUGCUCCAGCGUCUCCGUGGCGUGGACAUUGCGACCGAGUCAGCCAUCGUUACCAACCUCGUGCCCCUCGCCCUCUCCGCCACGAACGAGGACCUUGUCGAGGUCUACCGUGCCUUCUCCCAGAUCUCGCGUUCAUCGCACCCCGAGAACCCGAGCCUGUCGUCCAAUGCUUGCCUGUCGGCGCAGACCCUUCUUGCCAAGGGCCUUGGCUCGCGCAUCAGCACCCUCGACGGGUACCUCUCAGAGCUCCUCAGCCUCUUUGCUGACCGCGGCGUCGACACUCAGGCGGCGCAUAUGGCUGCCACCAAGGAGAGCAACAACCGCGAGAAGGAGAAGAAGCUGAGCGCCAUGCGCCCCGACAACGAACGGCGCGCGGCGGACAUGAAGGCAUCGCUGUCAGCCCUCCUCUUGCCCAUUGCCGAGGUGUUGGCCCACAAGGACUACCACCCCGGUGUCAACCCCACGCCCGAGUUUGUGUCCCAGUUCCGUAACCUGUGGAUCUUAUGCGCAGUCUUCGGCCUCAGUGGCAAUGCUGGCCGCUCGCAGCUGUCUGACCACGAGCAAGACGCGCUUGCCACCAUUGCUGUGAAGACCCCGCCGCUCGUUCUCGAGACGGCGACCGACUUUGUUGGCAGCGACCUCGAGUACAACACGGUCUUGCGCAAGGACUUUGCCUCGUCCAUUCACCACAAGAUGCGCGUCACUCUCCAGGAGCUGAUCCCUUCCAACAAGUACACGUCUGACAUUCGCAACAUGUCGACGCCUCAGCUCACUCUGCUCAUCGCCAUCCACGACCUCGAGCAGACGCGCACGCUUCGUAACCAACCCUCGGUCAUGCUCAGCUACUUCUGCAACGAGUCGAUCAACAAGAGCCCGCCUAUCGUUGGCUGUCUCUCGGGUAUCGCGAACAAGCAGACCCAGGUCUUCCUCAAGGGUCUCAGCAAGGAGGUCGUGGUUCACAACCUCCCUCCCAACAUCAGCGACGAGGUGUGCAAGAUUCUCGUGCUGUCUACGCAUCGCAUGAGAAAGGUCCGCGAGAUGGCCCUCAGCUAUGCCCGCUCGAUCAUUGAGACCUUCUCGGCGCUGAUGUGCGACCGCAAGAUUGUGUUCACUCUCCUCGAGAUCCUGACCCUCCUGCGCCGCAGCUGCGAGAUGCAGUUCACCGACGAAUACUCGCCAACCCACCACUUCAAGUCGGACAAGAUCAAGCUCACGCUUGAGCUCACCGACGACUACUCGGCUCGUAACGAGAUUACCACUUCGCUCCACUCUGUCUCGCAGAGAUGGUUCACCAUGGCCAUCUCCAGGGCUCCGAUUGAGGUGCAGAGCACUCUGCAGUCGUACCUCAAGGAGUCGCGUGAUGUCCUGCUGCUCGACAGCGUCGAGCUUGGUGCCGGCGUGGCGCUGCACUUCGCGAAAGCCGUCUCCCGCCUCGACCGCCAGGAGUCGAUCAUGCCCCAGAUUGGCGGCUGGCAGUCCGACUACUCGAACCUCCUCUCGAGCGAGUUCGCUUCCAAGAACUACUACGAGGGUGAGCUCUCGGGCGCCAGACACGUGCUGCGGGCUGGUCUCGGCCAGAUGGAGAAGGGUGCCCCCUCCGAAUCCACAUACGAGGUCCGCCAGGCGUUCAAGCAGCAGAUGGCCGACGCUGUGGCCAAGGUUCCGACCAAGGAAGCCCUCCGGGCGACUGAAAUCCGUCGUCUGCUCUACCGAGCCGUCAACGUCCUCAUCGCUUCGCCUCAGCUCGAUGCCGAUAUUCUGCACUUCCUCGUCGCCCUCCCCAUGGCCACCUUUACGCCGCUGUCCAUCGCGGCCGGUGUGGAUGCCUGGACGUGGCUUGUGCGCCAGCGCCCCGAUGCCGAGGUGGCACUGCUCGGUGAGAUCUCGAACGGCUGGUUGACCACGGUCAAGCUCGGCAAGGGCAUGUUCAGCACCCGCAUGAACUACCACGACCCCUUCGUCCAGCCUCUCGAGUACGCUCCGAGUGACAAGAAGGUCAUGGACGCCGAGAUGGCCAAGGCGAGGCGCCUGCUCAAGCCGCAUCUCCUCCUUAUCCAGAUCUUGUCCAGUCAGUUCCAGGCUGUCAAGUACCGUGCCCCUGGUAUCAUGGUGUCGAUUGCGCGUCUCAUGCUCCGCUCACUGGGAGCUUACCGCAAGAUGAGCACCCACCCUCUCGCCCGUGAGGUGCGCUUCUCGCUCCUGCUCUUCGGCUUCCAGGUCCUCGCCAGCACGAGAGUCGAGACCACUCUCGAGCUUCGCUUCCGCGAUGCUCUGUACAAUGCCGCCUUUGGCUGGUUCGCCGUCCGCCCGCAGUGGUCGUUUGGCAGUAACCGUAUCCAGGUCGGCGCCGAGAUCAAGCUGCUGCAGGACUUUGCGACUGCCAUCCAGGAGGACCAGGUCAGAGCGGAUCACUCGACGACGUCUCUUCCUGACCGCGACCCCGCAUGGCUCAUCCCAGGCUCCACGUCGCUUCAAGACUACGUCGCUCAGCACCGCGAGCGUGUCCGGCUUCUCCAGCUUCUCGUCGAGAAUGAGAUUAACCGCCUGGCGGUUUGGAGCAACCCGGCUAACGACCGCAACCGUGCGCAGGCGCCGUCGGUUGUUGUGGAAGGCGCAAUUGGGGCCGAGGAGUGGCCCAUGCUUGUCCGCAAGGCGUGGAGGCUCAAUCCCGCAGUUGCCGUCCAGAUGGGCGAGCGCUUCAAGCAGCCGCAGGUGCACUCGGAGAUCACCCGCCUUGUUCGCUCCAACCCCAGACGUGUUCUGGGUGUGCCCGAGGCACUCGAGUUCCUGCUCGGUGACAAGCUCGAGGCUACCUCCAGAAGCCUGCUGCAGUGGGUGCUCGUGUGGGACCCUGUGCCGCCUGUGGAAGCCCUCAACUACUUCCAGCCGCGGUACGGCAACCACCCCAUCUUGCUCCAAUACGCCAUGCGUGUACUCGAACAGCACCCAGUCGACCUCACCUUCUUCUUUGUUCCUCAGGUCGUCCAGGCGCUGCGUUCGGACGCCCUGGGCUACGUCGAGAGCUUCAUCUUCGAGACGUCCAAGAUCUCGCAGCUGUUCUGCCACCAGAUCAUCUGGAACAUGAAGGCAAACACCUACAAGGACGACAAUGGCGAGGAGCCCGACAGCCUCAAGCCCGUACUCGACAGAAUGGUGGACAACAUUGUCGCUUCGCUCUCCGGCCCCGCCAAGGAGUUCUACGAGCGCGAGUUUGGCUUUUUCGGCGAGGUCACGGCCAUCUCAGGCAAGCUCAAGCCGUACAUCAAGAAGACCAAGCCCGAGAAGAAGGCCAAGAUUGACGAGGAGAUGGCCAAGAUCAAGCUCGAGGUCGGCGUGUACCUGCCGUCGAACCCCGACGGUGUGGUCAUUGACCUUGACCGCAAGUCUGGCCGCCCUCUCCAGAGUCACGCCAAGGCGCCGUUCAUGGCCACGUUCAAGGUCCAGAAGGAGAAGAUUGACCUCGAUUCUGCCGACCUCGACAUUGAGACGCAGACUGACGAGGUCACCAAGCGCUCGUAUGAUGUCUGGCAGUCGGCCAUCUUCAAGGUUGGCGACGACUGUCGCCAGGACGUGCUCGCGCUGCAGCUCAUCGCCAUGUUCAAGAACGUCUUCACUCAGCUUGGCCUGACGCUCUACCUCUUCCCGUACCGUGUCACUGCGACCGCCCCUGGUUGUGGUGUCAUCGACGUCGUGCCCAACGCCACCUCGCGUGACGAGAUGGGCCGUGCGCAGAUCAACGAUCUGGUUGAGUACUUUGUCGACAAGUAUGGCGGUGUCGACACGGUCGCGUUCCAGAAGGCGCGCCUCAACUUUGUGCAGUCCAUGGCUGCGUACUCUGUCGCGUGUUACAUUCUGCAGAUCAAGGACCGCCACAACGGCAACAUCAUGAUCGACGCCGAGGGCCACAUUGUGCACAUUGACUUUGGCUUCCUCUUCGACAUUGGACCCGGAGGCAUCAAGUUCGAGGCGGGCAGUUUCAAGCUCAACCGCGAGAUGGUCGCGCUCAUGGGCGGUGCCGACUCGCAAGGCUACAAGAUGUUCGUCGACCUGACGGUCAAGGCGUUCCUCGCCAUUCGCCCGCACGCCGACCAGCUUGUCGACGCGGUCAAUCUCAUGCUGGGCACCGGGCUGCCGAGUUUCAAGGGCGAGGGCACGAUCCACCGCCUGCGUGAGCGCUUCGCGCUGCACCUCAACGAGAAGGCCGCGGCGGACUUCAUGUUAGGUGUUAUCCACAAUGCGCACCAGAACAUGCGCAGUGAUCUCUACGACGGUUUCCAGAAGCUUCAGAAGAGUGGCGGAUUCGACAGUGUCAGUGUUUCCUUCUGUAACCACUAUUGUCUAGAUGUCGGUGUUGUGCCGUGGCCUGUUGUCAAAUGCCGCCCCAAGGUCAACACACCUAUAGGCCAGCCUUCACGCCACCUUCGCGGCUCGUCGCCGCCCACGACCGUAGACGUUUUCGCCGACGACGACGUUGGCGAGGUGGCGGUACGAGCCGCGAAGGGCCAUGAGGAGGCCGCCAAAGGAAAAGUAGGCCGUGGUCAUGUUGUCGCCCUUUUGCGAGUCGUCAAACUUGUAGAUCUUGCCGUGCAUGACAUAGUCGUAGUCGUUGGCGAGGCCCUGGUCGGGGGCGCGCCACAGCUCGCGGCGGACCUUGCGGUUGCCCUCGUCGUCGGCGCCGUCGCCGUUCUCGUCGGCCGCGGCGUCCUUGGCGUCCUGGUCCGGCGUGAGGGAGCGCACAACGGCCAGCGCGAACGCCUCGCCCUCCGCCACGGGGUACAGCUCGGACGCGAUGUCGAGCGUCAGGUGCAUGUUGAGCUCGCGGCUGGUCGCGACGAUGCGCGACACGCGGUCAAACUUCUUGCCGUCCUUGUCGACGUCCUGCGGGGUGGUGGGUGA